AUGAAUUUAAUCUAUCUCUUGAAGAAUGACCAGAUUAAGCUGCAAAACAGUAUUUUACUUUACGAAAAACUUGGAACAAUCAGAUUCACAGUUUCAAAUGAAGAAAACUUGAGAAUAGAGUGCGGAGACAAGUCUUUGGACAUUGUUCCAAGUUUCUACAUAAAUAACCAAGUUUGCACUGUUUUCUUUGACAAAUCUGUUUAUUCUGUUUCUAGUUUUGCGACUGGAUACAUCAGAGUUCUUUCUGACGGAAAGAGAUUUGUUUUCAAGUCGAAUUUCGAAGGACCUCCUGAUAUCUUCAAAAUCCCUGCAGAGGCAAGUAACGUUAUUUACGAAUUCAGCAAAGCUCCGACACCAAAAACUCCUUCUCCGACAAAAGCUCCACAACCUGAGCCAAGUAACUCAAGUUUCUUCUUGGGAAUGACAAUGAAACAGACAAUUUGUUUGUUGUUCAUCAUUGUUGAUGUUGUAACUAUUAUUGCUUUGUCUUCGAACUUAAUUUAUGUCUACUUCUACAAGUUUGAAGAAAUGGUAUAUCCAAGCAGAUCUUCAUCAUUGUAUUCAAACGAAGGUCUUGGUCUUAUGGAUGAAUUAUAG